GUCGUUAAAUUGUUCAUGCUGUUGGACAUCUUCAUUACCAGGAAUGUCUGCUCCUCCGACGCGAGGCUGCUACACAUGCAGAGUAUCAUCAGUGCCAACGCGGAUAUCCGUCGGCCCGCCAUGUCUCCGCGUCUGUGCGCUGGAAUCCAGAGUUCCAGAUCCAUUUCAGAACUUUCCGGAAUGGCAGAAAAGGCUCCAUUGGAGAAAGCACGUAGUUGUGUAAGGAAGACAAGAAAGAAGAAUAAGAAGGAAAGUCAGAAGAAUACGGAGGCAACACAGAAGAAUAUGAAGUCAAAUAGACUGAAUGAAGAUUCUAAAAAAUGCCUUCAGGAUUCAGAGAAAUAUGAAGCUCAAGGGGCGAGACCAAAGGAAGGCAUCAGGACCAAGUUUAAUAUUUAUUUGGACAGAGCAAAGAAAUGGAACCCAUACAUAACAGAGGGCAAAGGGAAGAAACCACCGAAUGCUGGAGAGAGUGGGCUAAAGAAUAAUUACGAAAAGAAUCUACAGAUCGAGCUGGAGAAAGCCACAAAGGGAGAAAAGCCCUGUGUUAAGUGGUCAGUUGCGGCUGGGCUGGAAGGAGCUGAGAAAGUUUCGAAGCAGAAGGUCAUUUUCCCCAUAAAGUUUCCACGCGUGUUCACUGGAAAACGAAAAUCUUGGAAAGGAAUAUUACCUUUUGGGAUUUCAAAUCACCCUUACGUGAGGGAAAAUGAGGCGUCCAGACCCUUGAUCUCGGAGACGCUCGCGUUUCUGGACGACUCAGAAAUGAUGACUAAGGAAGACAAGGAAUUCGUGACACCAAGGAUUGCCGACCCGCGAAUCCCACAGGACAUUCUUUUUGCUAUUGGUGGGAGAUAUAAUGGACGCCUGUCAGAUGUGAUCGAAGCGUACGACGCACGAGCAGACCGAUGGAAGACGGUGAAGGGGGUCGUCGACUCGAUCGGCCAGCGAUAUCUCCACAGCACGGUAGUAGUCGGUUCCGACAUUUACGUCAUUGGUGGUUCCACCCACAAGGAAGUCUUAAGAUCAUGUAGCUGCUUCAACGCUGUUACGAAGAGAUGCCGCAAGGUGGAGCCUACGAUUGCCCGAAGAUCCAAUUUAAUGGUGGCAUUUCUGCGAGGUUUUGUUUACGCCAUGGGCGGUUGCUCGGGUGGUUGGGUUCAGAGAACGGUUGAAAGAUACAACUGCGAGAAGAACUCGUGGUGGUGGAUCGCUGCUAUGAACUGCGCGCGAACCAGAGGAGAUGCGGCUGUGCUGAAUGAUAAAAUAUACGUCGCUGGUGGAAAUAAUGGUCAGAAUUAUCUAAACUCGGUGGAAGUUUACGACCCAGACACCAACCAGUGGACGUUCGUUGCACCAAUGCAUUCUCAACGUACCGCGUUUUCUUGUGUCGCCUUGCACGGCUGUCUGUACGCCCUAGGAGGAUUCAAUGGUUCAUCAUUCAGUCUCAGUACCGAAAAGUAUGAUCCUGCAGAAGACACGUGGACCGAGAUCCCUGCCAUGAACAUCUAUUCAUAUUACUUCCACGCAGAAGUGAUCGACGACACGAUCUUUGUCAUGGGUGGAAAUUUUGACGCGUACGCCCACCUGUCCUGGAACGUCUCAUAUUUCGAUAACAAGGAAAAUCAAUGGUGCAAGGUGACAAACAUGAAUGUUUGUAGAUAUGCUCUGUCGAUUUGUGUCAUCAAGAACCUACCGAAUGCAAGCGAUUACGCCUACAAACACACAGACAAAUUAAUAGAGGAGAAACGUAAAAACAAAUGGUUGAUUUGGAGAACACCUGUUCGCAGUCGAUUACCACGACGGCGAACACAUUAAAUUUAAUUAUUUUCCUUACGAAAGUAAUGAAGAUAACUGGGAAUUGAUGUAUUAGCCACAAAGAAAAAUAAAGAGAAAUAUUGUUUGCAGCAAAGAAGGAAAAAUUA